AUGUUCACAAUGUUCACACUCCGCGCCCUCACACAAUGCCUCACAUAUACAACCGACGAAUUAUAUGAAAGCGUGGACAAAUCCGCGGGUAUAUUCCGUCUAGCGUGUGAGCACGUGUUGCGCACCAUGCGACGAGGGCGUGAGACGCUGCUAACGCUGCUGGAGGCGUUUGUGUAUGAUCCGCUGGUGGAGUGGGGCGGCGCCGCUGGUUCCGCGGGCAAGCGCCGCUGUACCGCGCGCGACGUGCGCGCAGCUCUCGCCAUGAUGGCGGUGCGCACGCAGGAGCUGGCGCAUCACUUCACUGAAGUCACAGAACAAUUCCUAGCUGUUCUGCCCGAUAUCAAACAGUGUGCUGAGAAGUGGCUGAAAGAAAACGAAGAACUAAAAUCAGUAGAGACUCGCUUACAGGACUGCCACCAGCAGAUGGCUCUGAUUAAGGAAAUAGAAGCGUAUGGACCAAAUCUAAACAGUCACCCAUUGUACGCCAUCUCUCAGAAGUACUCCUCUUACAAACAUGCUAAGAACGCCGUGGAGGACUCGAUGAAGGCGUUAGUGAAGAUCCUCAACGAAUUUGAUACUCAGAUAGAAAACUUCGCAACCACUACGGAAGCUAUCAAUGGUCCACAACUAAUGGCGUGGGUGCAAGAAUUCUCUGGCACCGACGAAGAGGAACAACCAAUAUUUGAACAUAUUAAAGACUUCCUUACUAAUGCUGGACAGGCAGCCAUGAUAUCGCAGUGCGAACAAGCAGAGACAGAACUGUAUCAAAGCAUGAAGCAGACCCACCAUCUCGUCAGGUCCUGCCUCGAAUUACUCUCGCAGUACGUGGCAGUGUCGCAGUACUACCCACAAAGUCACACCGAGUACCACCGCGUGCUCGUGUUUAGGAAAUUAGUAGCUGCAGCCCUGGAGAGCAAGUCCCCUGAAGUGUGCCGCGACGUCGCUAACCAAGUGGCAGCCCUGAUCAAUGCUGAGAACAACAAGAGUGACACAUCGCAGCAAAUCAUUAAUUAUAACUACCGUCUGCAAAAUAUGAAUGUUGAAGCGAAUGCUAAUCUGACCAAAGCUAUAGAAAGACUGCAGUUGGAAGGGGGCCCCGAUGCGCUGGCUUUGGCUCAAGAAGCUUAUAGAGAAGCCAAAACUAACAUUAGUAACUGGGUGAGGGCGGAGGAAGGCGCGGGAGAGGCGCUGGAGUGUGUUGUCAUCGGCAUGCUCUGCAACCUGAACAGGAGAUACCUCAUGCUGGAGAAUGGAGCCCAGAGCGCAGGGGAUUGUCUCGUGGACUUGACAUCUAGAGAGGGAGAGUGGUUCCUGGAUGACAUGAGCACGUUGUCUAUGCAAGCUGUCGAGCUGCUGUCACUACUGCCUUUACAAUCCGCGUCGGCUGAGGACGCCGCCAUGCCAGUCGCUGUAGAGUGCGUCCGAAACGCGAACCUACUCCUCGCCGACCUGGUACAGCUGAAUUACAACUUCAGCACGAUUAUACUGCCUGAAGCGCUGAAGAAGAUACACUCUGAAGAUCCGUCUGUGCUAUUGAUGAUCAGUGAGCUGAACGCGGUGAUCAUGAACUCCCCGGUGCCACUCAACGAGCUGCUAUCGCAGUUGGAGCUUCAUCUUCGAUACCUAGUUAUGGAUAUGGAAUCUCCAGCGAGCUCGGCACCCCUGCUAGCCGCCGAGGUGCGGUCGCGGUACGAGGCUCUCCUGUCAGCGCCCGUGAGUGAAGCGGAUGGCCAGUCCUCCGGCCGCAUGUUGUUGAUGGGCUUCAACGGACUCUUCGCAGCCGUAGAGCUGCGCGCCAGAGAGUUGGCUGAUCACCUCGCGAUACCCAUCCCUCCCGCCUGGAGGAAGAUCGAUCAUAUCAACGAAUCAAUGCAUAUGUCGGCGGCGCUGCAGAGCGCGGCGGUGCGCGCGGUGCUGGAGGACGUGUUCCUGGUGCGGCGCCUGCAGGCCGUGGCCGAGGUGUUCGCCAUGUGCGCCCAGAUGGCGUGCGCCUUCAAGGGGACCGGCCCGCCCACUCUCUUCGAUGAUACUGCGCUCUGCAAACCUGUCAGGAGGUUCACGGCAGAGUACGUAUCUCGCUGCGUGUUAGGGGUACAGUCGAAGGCACUAGCGAGCGUGCUGUGUCUAUUACUGCGUCGCGCCAACCUCGACCUACACGCUGAGGUCGAGCAGAAGGAAAUCGUGAAGUGGGGCGCGGGCGCCAACCCCGCGCUGUCGGGCGUUGCGGCGGCGCUGGCGGGCGCGGGCGCGGCGGCGGGCGCGCGCGCCGCCUCGCUGGGCGCCGCCGCCGCCGCACUGGCCGCGCACGCGCAGCACGCCGCCGCGCUGCGCGGGCCGCGCGCGCCGCGCACCGCCGCGCACCUCGCCGCCGCACUCGCGCACUGGGAGAAGGUGGACAACGUGUCGGCCUUGCUCCGCGAGAUGAUAUCGUCGCUAAGCGCGGAGAGCGCGGCGCUGCGCGCGCGGCUGCGCGGCGCCGGCGAGUCGCUGCGCGGCGGCGCCGAGCGCGCGCAGGCCCCGGCCGCCGCGCGCGCCGCGCUGCUGCACGACGUGCGCGCGCCGCUCGCACUGCUCGCCGCCGCGCACGACGGCAACAACCCGGCGUCCGACUUCCUGUCCCGCGAGAAGACAGUGAGCGAGCACAUAGCGGCCCUGGGCGCACUGGGCACAGGCCGCGAGGCCGAGCUGGGCGCGGGGCGCGAGGCCGGGCCGGGCCUGGGCGCGGGGCGCGAGGCCGGGCUGGGCGCGGGGCGCGAGGCCGGGCCGGGCCUGGGCGCGGGGCGCGAGGCCGGGCUGGGCGCGGGGCGCGAGGCCGAGGCGGGCGUGUCGGCGGGGCGGCGCGCGGCGGCGGUGCUGCUGGAGUGCCUGGGCGCGCACCACGACGCGCUGCUACAGUCAGUACACUGCGACAUACAUACAUACUGCUACUUUCAACGAGGAGAGCGCAACGCAGUGGGAGCUGGCGUGUGGAAGCGAGUGCGGCUGAAGUUGGAGGGACGUGACGACACGCUCGGACGUGACACGCUCGGCGCGCGUGACACACAGGGCGGGCGUGAUACGACGGCCGGGCGGGACACGUCGGGCCGCGACACGCCGGGCCCGCGGCGCCUGGCGCUGCACGAGCACGUGGACGCCGUGAUACGGGACGCAGUGAGCUGGGGGAACCUGUGCCACAUGUACGAGGGCUGGAUGGCCUGGGUCUGAGCCCCCCGCCGCCGCCGCCCGCCGCGCCUGCGCCGCCCGGCCCGCGCGCCCGCGGACGUCGCCAGCUCGCGCCCCCGCGCCCCGUAGUGCGCCCCCGCGCCCCGUAGUGCGCCCCGCACUGCGCCCCCCGAGCCCCGCAGCCCGGCCCGCGCCCCGACAAACAUCGGUCGCUCAGUUUUGGAUCGCGUUUUUACUAGUUUUAUCGUUUCGUUCGUUUCGGUCAGCAAUGGGCGCUGUCGGCUCGGGCCGCUCUAGGGUAACAUUAUGGUUUCGGUAGAAGCCGCUCGCUCGCUCGCUCGCGCGGCGCCGGCGACCAUGGGCCGGGGGCGGCGCCCGAGGCCGAGUGGGGCGCCGCCCGCCGCGCGAGCUCAGUCUCUCGGCGAAGUGUCACUCGGUGUGUCGGCGACCUCGGCCUGUGCCGGGGCGUCGCUUGUUUCGACCAUCGUAUUACUAACAUGACGCAGUCCUUGACACCCAACUUCUAUAUAAUAUUUACAGAAACAUAGUUAUUACUUCGAGUACGAUACCGAUCUGGUGUUAUUUUCAAGUAAACUUAAGUAAAUGUUGUUUGUUAUACCCGUGCAAUAGCGUGUUUAUUUAAAUAAACAUCUUCAAGUCGAGGCGACAAAAUUUUACAUUUAUGUGACGAUAUUGGCGUACAAAAUUUAUUUGUAGCUCGUAUAUAAUACUUUUAAUAUAAAAAAAUAAAAAAAAAUCAAAAAAAAAUUAAGAUAACGACUCGAACAGUGCAGAAGGGAAAAUACUGAUAUAUUCAUUUUUCUUUCGUAGAAGUAAUUCGAACGACGACGUACAACGUGCGACUACUCUGAAGUAUCGAGCGCUAGUGCCGCUCUGUGUCUAGGUUUAUAUUCCACUUACUAGCAGUAUACAUAGAAAACUGAAUACAUAGAAUUUUUUCUGCACGUCUCUUGCUAGCUUCAAUAUGAACGUAUUCAUGUAAACAAACAUAUAUACUGUACUGCAGUAUAUUCUAACGCAUAAAUGUAUUUUAAUGUAGUAUUAAUUAGUUUACUCAUUUCCUGUCUAACUUGCAUUUCAUUACGAACUAGGCGUCAUCCACUUACUGUUGCUAUACCAAUGUGUUUAUCUUUCAGAAUUUACUUUCGAAUUUUAUAUCUUCCUUAUUGUUUCACACCUUAUGUACUGUUCUAUAAUUUCCUUUUGUAAUGUAAGUCACCAAACGUGUUGUAACAUCAAAUUACUUGUCGAGACUAAUACACGUAGGUGGGUGACGCCACGGUAAGAUCACUUUUAAUUUAUACAGAAGGUUAUGGAACCACCUUGGUAAAUGAAAGAAAUCGUUAAUGUGUACAACCAAUCACUUUACUACCUUACACUCUAAAAUUAUUCCAUGCUACUAGCAUUUUACUAUUUUGAGUAUGUACUAUAAUUAUUGCUGAAAAAAUAAUAAACAUUAAUUCAUAAUUUUCGAUCAUAAAUACAACAAAAGUGUCACUUCAAUCUGAAAAUGGUGUUUUGUUUCAAUAACAAUUUUGGAAUGAUACAAUAAAUCAGUUGCGUCCACAAUCCUGCGCUGAUAUGUUGUAAUUUGUUCAACAGGGAAUGAGUAUUUAGUAACAUAAUAUAUUAUAUAUCGCAACGCAUUAUGUAACCUUCACGCGCGCCUGUGUGUGUGGGAGCAAGCAGAGCCACUAUGGCCGAGUGUUUGUAACGGUGGAUGCAUUACGUAACACUAAUUAAUGUCGCAUCUUCAUGUAAUAUUCUACCUAGCAGACAUUUAUCUAGUAAGUGUUAGAUAUUUGUCUCUGUAUCGGACGAUAGUAUUGUAGUAACGCGAAUGAUAUGUACCCGGCUCUAUAGUUAUAAGUAAAUUAGAUGUGUAAACUACAAGUUCACAGCAAUCUCUGGUCGUUUGGUAGUAAAUAGACACUCAUAGAGUAGUUGGAUAUCAAUAACAGUGGAUGUUAUAUACCGAUACGUGCGUAUUAUGUAACCGUGUGGCAUGUAAUCGUCCCCAUCAUAACGUUAAUGUACCAUGUCUAUUGUCUACCUGCUAUCUAGUCUCCUGUCUGGACCGUAGCAAUGCAUCCAUCGAUUUCUGUUUGUAUCGCUUCAUAUUAAAAUAAAUGGUGUAUGUAGCAAACUAUGUUUUAUUUCCUUAUUUUUUAUUAACUACCUUAACAGUUCGUUACUUCCCUUUUAAAAUUUUCAUUUUGUCUAAUAAUAGGUCUUUACCCGUCCUUAAUAUGUUUAUGAGCUAUUUUACAAGUUCCCUCUUGCCGUAUUGUAUGAUUUUUUUUUAACGUUGCCCCACACUAGGAUUUUCUCCUGUGUCGUGGGUGCUUUUACAAACAUACAAGUUCACAUACACAAUGACACCCAGACCCAAAACAACAAUUUGUGGAUCACACAAAGUGUUAUCUCGUGCGGGAAUCGAACCCGCGACACGUUGCACGGCAGCCAGUUGCCCAGCCACCGCACCAACCGUGCAGUCAAUUAAACGAAUGACUCUGGUGUUGCACGGACACCCAUGGGCGGCGCUGAUCGCUUACCAUUAGGUGAUACGUCUGCUCGUUUGCGUCCUAUUCUAUAAAAAAGCCUUGCAAUCAAUGCAUCUUUGCCAACACAGUGGCAGAUUUUUGAUGCCCUUCUUAAAGAAAUCAGCUGGACGGAAUACAACAAAUUCUUCAAGGCAGUUUGUACUGCCUCUCGGGUAUUUUUUUUUUAAUUUUUUUUUAAGGGCGGAAAAUCAUCGAAUGACUGCUCCCGCCUGGGUGAGGCGGAAGGGAGUGUCAGACUUACUGACUAAAAACCACCCCGUUCCUUCUCCUGCACGUCGAGCCGGAGCCCCGGUUACCCGUUAGGUUCUCCGCGACCGUUAGGUUCUCCGCGACGGAUUUUUCCCGCCAAGAAGUUAUCCCAAUUUUGAGAAAAGUAGUAGUCUGGCUGUUGGCGAAUGAUGGAGAGCUACGAACCCCCAGGUUUUUGCAACUUGAAGACCGGUACAGGAGCAGCGGAAACGAGCGAUUGACCAAUGCUAGUUGUGUUCAGUGCUUCACAGUAAACAUCUGCAGUAAUGCUACCCCCCGUUCAGUAAGGAACUUUUCUAGGGGUACAUUUUCGUGUAGGACACUGUUAAGGUACUGAACCAGGAUCCAACCAUUUGCUGAGCGCUUGCGCUUAUUAAACGGAAUCCAUUUUUCAUAGCAGGUAACAAAGCGGUUUAAAAUUCCUUCAUUUGUGUGGCUAUUGAGCAGUGCAAGGCAUGUCUCGACACGUACUUCGCGCUGGCGAUCAUUGAAUUCGUGGGCGUGGGGCACCCAUUUGUCAAGUUUUUUUACCUUGCCAAUUUGACGUAAAUGGACCAAUAUUGUUUUGACACUAGCGUCGAAAGCUGCUGCCAAUUCAGCCGUAGGUUGUGUAUCCAAUGUCUUCGGACGACCGUGAGGUCUAUUUUUCAGGUCGAUAUUUCCAGAACGGAAACGAGUAGCAACAAUCAGGCAUUCUGUGUUAAUGGGUAGGUAUCAAGGAAGGAAGAAAGGAAAUUGCACUUAAUUAAAAUUCUCUUAGAUAAUUGGCAGUUUAUUUAUUUACACAAUAAUAGAUAACAAUGACCACAUGAACAUGAAAUACGAAGGAACUUAAAUAUUGUAUCAAUUUGAACUCGAUUCAUAAGAUGAGGGAUGCGCAAAUAAAAUAUAUAUUUAUUAAAAUAUAACUCAAUGCAGUACAGCAGACAUUUGUCAUUUAAAAAUCAAAACUACAAAACAAAAUUAACAUUGACAUGUUAAAACACGUAUCUUUUAAGUACUAGGCGACUCGUGCAAAGUAGCACUUGGGUUAAGUAUACCGCUGCGGUGUCGAGAAGUAAGAGAAACCUUAACAUACGAAUAAACAAACAACUUUGCAGUCCAACCACAACCCCUGCGAAUGUACAGAAUUAAUUUAAAUAACCGGCUCACUGCAGCAGUCGACUAUAGGCUGCGUGACGACUUUGUUUUACGUUUAACGAGAUCGAAACAAGACCGCGAUCAGCACUCUGAUUGGCCGGCACCAAUUAACCCACCAAGCCCUCUGCUCUGACUUGAAACUACAGACCUUUUCUAGUAAACUGUAUUGUUUAUCAAUUGAUUUUACAAAAAAAAAAACCAAAAAAUACAUAGUACCAACUGUCUGCUGUCCUCCACUUAUCUCGCAGUACUCUAUCAUCACGCCCUGCUCCCCGUAGCUAAAGUAAUCAGCAGAGUAGUGUACUCUGCGAUCUCACAGCAUAUCGCUCGAUAUUGACCAAUUACCUCAGGAAGACAGAUAACAAAUCACUGGGAAUUUACAAAAACGUAUAACUUUUGAGUAUUGUAUAAACAUGUAGAGGUAGAGGUAUCUACGCACAGCCAUUUUGAGUAAGUUCCAAAUAAGUGUUGAGUAUUGUGAGCUUCAUAAAUCUGUCAUUUUAAUAUUUAUACAAUAUUUGCUUGUCUUCCUCCUUGCACACGUCACAUACAAUUUGAAACUACAUAGCACAAUAACACAGGUCGACACUCCGUCGCCUCAACCUAAUCUUAUCAUAAUAGUGCUUCCUUAUAGUCCCAGUUCAAGGGUUCUCCCGUCACAACUUUCUGGCAUUUUUUGAGAUUGAAGACCUCACAGUAACCAGACUUUCAUGCUCUAUAGUCGGGACCAUAAGGUUUAUUUUAAAAUUAUGAUAAAAUCCUUCUAACCCUCGGCAACAGUCAACACACUUUUCUAUAUACAAAUAAUAACUAUAUGUAAUAUAUAAUAAUAUUAUAUACUGUACAAAUAAUAACAUCUACCUAUGUGCAGUAAUAAACUCAUGUUACACUUUCAAUAAUAUACUUUUAAAUAUUUCAUAGACAACAUUUAGAGACCAAUAUAAUAAUAUGACAAGAUUGAAAUACAAAAGGAACGUCCAACGUUUGGCAAAUACAAUAUUAUAUCAAGACGGAAGCGAAAUAUUUAUAGAAGAAAUCACACACGCGAUUUAUUAAAUCCUAAAUAUAAUUUAAUUUAUAGAACCCCUCUAGUAGCGCCAUCUAUAUUUUAUUAUCACUAAGUAUUUAACCAGAUAAGUUGCCGCUUUAUAUUUUAGCGUUAUGACUAAGAUUAUCAUUAAAAUACUUUACCCACACAAUACAGUGUGUCUGUACGGUUAAGCACAAAACACAUGCCCCAUAGCCCGCAGUGAAAGAUGUCAGGAUACUACCUACUACAGAUGAUAAAUGAUGAUAACAAUGAUUACCUAACAACAUCGCAAUUAUAUUUCCAUUAAUUGCGGAUCAUAAAUAUUUUUCUGGAACUAACAUGUGAUGACUUUUUUAUUCCGCAAUAAUUAUUGAUUUAAAAAUCUAGCGCUAUAUUUUCUUUCAUUUUUCUAAUCUAUGACACGUAUUGCUAGUUAACUUCAAGCUACAAAAUGAUUAGUAGCAAGUAUACUAACAGUAACACUUGUAUGUCAUAGUACUGUUAGUUCGGUAUAUUUUUGCGUGUAACAUAUUGUAAAAACAAGUCUUUCCUGUGUGAUAAUAAUAAUUUUAAGACAAUAUUCACUCUCGUAUAAUUUGAAUAUUCUAUGAACAAUAGACUGUAUAAUUAUAGAAUUUAAACUCGAAUAAAGCUGCUAUCUCAAUCACUAUCCUCCAAGUAAGGACAGUAACGAUCGAUUAUAUUAUCUAUUGCCUGAACAUAGUUAUAUAUUGGCGGGAUGUUGUGUUUCAUGGCCGAAAUUAAUGACCAACUUCUAAGUAAUGGCCCAAAGUCGAUCUAAAUUCUACAUUUUGAGAUUGAGAUGUAGACUAUAGGACUUAAGGGAUGAAUAAAUACAAAAGAGGGGUGAACACAUAUUGGAAAACUGUUAUAGUAUCUAUAGACCCCUCUACUGUAUACAUUCACCCCUCGAGUUUUACUGACCACAUUUUACCGUUAGGAUUUUAAUUUCGGCCGUUAACAGACAUUACUAAUUAGACAUUUAGACAGACGACGGUUUCUGUAUACCGCAGGGGUUUGCCAGACACCAGCACGUAUGUGACAGAUGUAGCUGGCUGGGCCUGGCAGGUCCGUGUCUGAGCGCGUGCUAUCGCCUCUGUUUGAGUGCGAUGAGUUCGUCGAGCUGUGCCUUGUAGAGCUGCGUGACGUCCUGCAGGUCCAGACGUAGCUCCGCCAUCUGUUCCUCCUUCUCGCCGUACAUUUGGAGGAGUGCAUCGUAUUGCUCUUGUACCGCCUGU